AUGGAGACCGUCGAGGAGGUCCCAGCUCAGGCGAGGACCAGGGCGAGCACCCCGUCAAGGGAUGAUGAGGCUGCACGGACACCUGUCCCGAGCAGUGUCACGGAGGAGGGAGACAAAACCCCGACUUCUCCGCCAGCUGGAGAAAGGAGGGCCCCAACUCCACCCCGAGCAGAGGCUUCUUCACGAAAGGGUUCCCCUAGCCGGGGUAAGGGUCCAUUGAUACCCGUGACCACGGCUGGGGGUAGCGCGGAGAGCGAGGAGCCCCAGGAAGCCUCCGACGAUGAAGUGGAAGAGAUCCAGGGGCGCCCCCAUGAUGGUCGCCAACACGUUUUCGUGUGGCGCCAACGUGGGGACCACUUCAUCGGUCACGAAGAGCUUGCCGAGACCGAGGAGGCGGCAAGGGUAGAGCGUGCUGCCAAGCGGCUCGUCGAUGAAGUCAAGGGCGCAAUGAAAAUGGUGAAGUACCGAAAAAGGUGCUUUGACCAAAUUGAAGGGAUCGUGGCCGAGAAUAAGGCCAUGACCAUGGAGGUGGAUCGCCUUCGGUCGGAGGCCGAGGAGAAGGCGGCUGAGAAGGCAGCUCAGGAAGAGCGCCUGCUCGAUCUUAAUCGGCGACUAGCCGACAAGGAUCGGGAGAAGAAAGAUCUGGAGGAGGAAAUUGAUCGCCUCCGAGGAGAAAGGGAGCGGCUUGACCAGGAGCGUGCCGGUGCACUAGAGGCCGGGCGCCAGGCUGGCGAGGAGCUAAAAAACAAGAGUCGGGAGUUGGCCGGACGUGGAGAUGGUGCCGCUGUUUCGGUGGAGGAAUUUCAGGAGUUGCGUACACAAAUGAAUGAUUUGGUGCAGCAGCUCCAAACUCUCCAAUUGAACAUACCACGUCGAGAACCGCCACCAAAUGAGGAUGAUGAUAUUGACGAGGAGGAUGAGCCACCGCGUCGUCCCGCUGGUCGUGGACGUGGCGGGCGUGGUCAUGGUCUUCUUAAUUUUGGUCGUGCUCGGCGCAUUCCUGUUCGAGGUGGACGAUAUUAUGAUGGUGAUGAUGAUAUGUUGUCUGACAUGGAUGAUCAUCGCCAUGGUGGCCAUCGUGGUUAUCGUGACCGCCACCGUCGCCUUGAUGAUGAUGGUUUAAGCAAAGUGAAAGUGUCUAUUCCAAAAUUUAAUGGAAAAGAAAGUGCUGAUGAUUAUUUUGAGUGGGAGACUAAGGUUGAACAGAUCUUUGAUUUGUAUCCUUAUCCUCCUGUCAAGAAAGCAAAGCUUGCUGCAAUUGAGUUUUCAGGCUAUGCAAUCACUUGGUGGAAUCAAGUGUGUACUGAACUCCGACGCGCUGGACAUGAUCGUAUUACUUGGGAAGACAUGAAGAGGGAAAUGCGACGUCGUUUUGUUCCUGCAUAUUACUCUCGUGAUCUACAUUUGAAGCUAAAACGUCUUGUGCAAGGUACUCGUACUGUUGAUGAAUAUUUUCAAGAAUUGGAAAUGUGUUUACUUCGUACAGGGAUAACUGAAGAUGAGGAAUCCACAAUGGCUCGAUUUCUGGUUGGCCUCAAUAAGCCCAUUGCUGAUAAAGUGGAUAUGACAAACUACACAUGUCUCACUGAGUUGGUACAUUUUGCAAAAAGGGCAGAACGACAACUUGCUGGAUCUUAUAAAGAUCGUGCUUCAUUUUCAGCUCAUAAUAGUGCUACUUCAUGGCGCCAGUCACAGAAGCACGGGUCAGGGGUGCACACACCUACAUCUCGUGCAACUUCUUCCAAACAUUUUGAUUCCAAAGGCAAAGCUGUAAGCUCUACUCAGUCCAGCUCCUCUGCUACUGCAGCCCCAAGGCAUACAAGCAAGAUUGAGUGUUUUAAGUGUGGUGGUCAUGGGCAUAAGCAAGCUGAAUGUCCCAAUCGUCAUACGAUUAUUGCCCUUGCUGAUGGUUCAUAUGAUUCACAAAGUGAAGAGGAGGACGAGUUUCACAAUGUCUUUGCAGAUCAUACUCUUGACACUUGUGAGUAUUCAGCUGAGGAUGGUACUUUUGAGCUAGGUCUGAAUUGUUUAGCUAUUCAACCUAUUCUAACUUUUGCUCCCAGUGACAUGAUAGAAGAUGUUAUUUCUCCAUAUUCUAAUGAGAUUACUAGUGCUGAUUUUGAUGAGUUGCUUGCUGAUUUUCCUGAUUUGGAGCCUUCUAAAAUGAAUAGAUCAUCUCCUUAUUUGGUGGUUAGAAGAGUUCUUUCCACUCAGUUUGUUGCUGCUGAACAAGGACAACGUCAUAAUUUGUUUCAGUCCCGAUGCAAAGUGAAAGGUCAAGUGUGUCGUUUCAUCAUAGAUGGUGGGAGCUGCAAUAAUAUUGUUAGUGUCUUGCUUGUUGAGAAGCUUGGCCUACCAACACGCCGCCAUCCACACCCUUACCAUAUGCAGUGGCUGAAUAAUUCAGGGACAGUGAAGGUCUCAUCCAUGGUUCGUUUGUCUUUCUCCAUUGGUGACUAUCAUGGUGAGGUUGAUUGUGAUAUUGUACCCAUGCAAGCAUGCCAUUUGCUGUUGGGUCGUCCAUGGCAGUUUGAUGUGGAUUCGGUGCACUUUGGGCGGUCUAACAAGUAUACUUUCAUCCACAACGACAAGAAGGUGGUUCUUGUUCCAUUAUCUCCAGAAGAGAUCUAUGCUUCAGAUGUGGCUCGCAUGAAAAAAGAAGAAUCUGACAAAAGAAAAUUGAGUGAGGCUGCCAACACUAGUAAGGGAGAGACUUCUAACCAAUCUAGCCACAUAAAGCCUCUUUCCACUACAAAACAACACCACCAAAAUGAGUGCUUAUUUGUGAGCAGGAGUGAUUUGAGAGAAGUGAGGAACACCACAGCCCCAUUCUUUGUGCUCUUGCACAAGGAGGUCCUACUUUCAACUAACGAUUUACCUUCAUCGCUGCCUAGUGCUGUUCUUGAUCUCUUACAGGACUUGGAAGAUGUUUUUCCUGAUGAGGUACCAGCUGGCCUUCCUCCACUCCGUGGUAUUGAGCAUCAAAUCGAUUUGGUACCUGGAGCUUCUCUUCCCAAUCGUCCAGCCUACCGUGCUAAUCCUGAAGAAACCAAAGAAAUUCAGCGACAGGUAAAAGAGCUUUUGGACAAAGGGUAUGUUCGUGAAUCUCUAUCACCUUGUGCUAUUCCAGUACUUUUGGUCCCUAAGAAAGAUGGAUCUUGGCGCAUGUGUGUCGAUUGUCGUGCCAUUAAUGCUAUAACUGUACGAUAUCGCCAUCCCAUUCCUAGGCUUGAUGACAUGUUAGAUGAACUGAGCGGCUCAACUAUUUUCACCAAGAUUGAUUUACGCAGUGGCUAUCACCAAAUUCGCAUGAAAAUUGGUGAUGAAUGGAAGACAGCAUUUACAACUAAAUUUGGCUUGUAUGAAUGGCUUGUGAUGCCCUUUGGCUUGACAAAUGCUCCUUCAACUUUUAUGCGCUUAAUGAAUCAUGUUUUACGAGCUUUCAUUGGCAAGUUUGUAGUUGUUUAUUUUGAUGAUAUUCUGAUCUAUAGCAAAUCAUUUGAUGAACAUCUUGAUCAUAUCCAUCAAGUACUUGCUGUUUUGAGGGAAGAGAAAUUGUAUGCCAACAUUGCUAAGUGCACAUUUUGCACAGAUCGUGUUGUUUUUCUUGGUUUUGUUGUGACUGCAGAUGGCAUCCAGGUUGAUGAAGAGAAGGUUAAGGCAAUAAAGGAUUGGCCUACUCCUACAAAUGUGAGCCAAAUUCGAAGUUUCCAUGGUCUUGCAGGUUUCUAUCGACGAUUUGUUAAAGAUUUCAGCACGAUCGCUGCACCACUUAACAACUUGACAAAGAAGGAUGUUCCAUUCAAAUGGGGAGAUGAUCAAGAGCAAGCCUUUGUAGAGUUAAAAAGAAAGCUUUGUGAAGCACCACUGCUGCAGCUACCUAACUUCGGUAAGACUUUUGAGAUUGAAUGUGAUGCAAGUGGUAUUGGCAUUGGAGGUGUGCUACUUCAAGAAGGUAAACCUAUUGCCUACUUUUCUGAAAAGUUAAAUGGUCCACAUCUGAAUUAUUCUGUCUAUGAUAAAGAGCUUUAUGCCUUAGUUCGAGUUUUGGAAGUUUGGCAACAUUAUUUGUUACCUAAAGAAUUUGUCAUCCAUUCUGAUCAUGAAGCUUUGAAAUAUUUAAAAAGUCAAGGCAAACUGAAUCGUAGACAUGCUAAAUGGAUCGAGUUCAUAGAAACAUUUCCGUAUGUUGUUAAACAUAAGCGUGGUAAAGAUAACAUUGUUGCAGAUGCUUUGUCAAGAAGGUGUGGUUUGGUUACACAAUUAGAUACAAAAGUGCUUGGUUUGGAAUCCAUUAAAACACUCUAUGCAACUGAUUCUGAUUUUAAAGAACCUUUCUCUCAUUGCAUUGCUGGAAAAGGCUGGGACAAGUAUUAUGUACAUGAUGAUUUUUUAUUUCGAACUAACAAACUAUGCAUUCCAGCCUGCUCGAUUCGUCAAGUUCUUUUACAGGAAGCACAUGCUGGUGGCUUAGCUGGUCAUUUUGGCAUCAAAAAGACAUUGGACAUGCUCUCUGAUCAUUUCUUUUGGCCACAUAUGCGACGUGAUGUUCAACGACAUGUCGAGCGCUGCAUAAUCUGCUUGAAAGCUAAGUCCCGCCUUAAUCCCCAUGGUCUCUAUACUCCAUUACCAAUCCCAACUGUACCUUGGGAAGAUAUAUCCAUGGAUUUUAUUCUGGGAUUACCAAGGUCUCAGAGGGGGAGGGACUCUAUCUUCGUUAUUGUUGAUCGCUUCUCAAAAAUGGCACAUUUUAUUCCAUGUCACAAGAGCGAUGAUGCUUCACACGUUGCUGAUUUGUUUUUCAGGGAGAUUGAACAAGUUAACUUGGAUGCAGCGAAGAGAUCCAACUUUAUCAAGAAGCUACAUGAUGAGACAAGAAGAAAUAUUGAGAAGAAAUCAGCACAAUAUGCAAAGCAAGCGAACAAAGGUUCUAAAAAAGAUAAAUGA